AUGAGGAAACGUUUAACCGAUUCGUUUCAGCAGAAGCACCCACAUGUGAUCUUCGAGGCGCGAACGAAAGCCAACAAGGGAUGUGCUAACAAGCUGGAUUUCAGGCCCAAGAGUCGACGCACCAAGCAUGUUUCCUUUGUUGAAGAACCGCUUGGUGAUGACCCUGGCAUACAUGGCUCAUCACCCCGUUCCAAAGAAGAACGAGCUUGGCGCUGGUGGCAAGACGCUGGCCUACGAUCCCUUAACCGACGUAGGCGUGACGUAAGAGAGACCACGAAGUAUAUCGAAACGGCACUGGUGAUAGAUAAGGCGAUGUUUGAUAGAAGAAAUGGCAGCACCAGGUCUGAGGUCGUCCAUGACGCGAUUCAAGUCGCUAAUAUUGCUGAUUUGUACUUCCGGACCCUCAAUACACGGGUUUCUCUCGUCUACAUCGAGUCCUGGCAGUCAGCUGACCAAGCUGACAUCGACCGCAAGCAAGACAUCUCAAGGGCUAUCCACAAGUUCAGUGACUACACCGCCAGGAAGCUGUUCAAGAUCGAGAAAGAUACCACACAGUUACUAACUGGGCUGACAUUCCCCGGGGGCGAGUCCGGUAUAUCGGUGCCGGACACUCUCUGCACGCCCAAGUCUGUUGGCAUAUCAGUGGACACAAAUACCUACGAGCCGCAUCUACUUGCCGGCACUAUGGCGCAUAUGAUCGGACAUAAUAUCGGAAUGGGCCAUGACGACGGACGUGAGCAGUGUUUCUGCCGCGACUGGCACGGUUGUAUCAUGGCGCAGUCCAUAGUUGGUUCAGACAACGUCCAGCCUUACAAGUUCUCCGACUGCUCCAAAAACGACUACAUCAAUGAGCUCAGAAUUGGCCAAGGACUGUGUCUACUGAACAAACCUAACGAGUUGGUAAUCCAUCACCAAUGCGGCAAUGGCCGGCUGGACGAGGGUGAGGAAUGUGACUGCGGCACUAUCACCGAAUGCCAGAACACUAACCCUUGCUGCGAUCCCUUCACCUGCAGACUGACUAAGGAAAGCCAAUGUGCUUCUGGAGAAUGCUGUGAUAGGUGUCAGCUAAAACCUCGUGGCGUAGUCUGCCGAGAUGCUACCAACGAAUGCGAUUUGGAUGAGACCUGUACCGGCCUCUCCGGCUCUUGCCCACCAGACGCGCAUCGUAAAAAUGGGGAGCCUUGCGAAGAAGGCAAGGGUUACUGCUUCGCUGGCCAGUGCCCUACUCUUUCACUUCAGUGCGAGAGGAUCUGGGGCCAAGGAACUAUUGGAGCAGAUAAGGAAUGCUUCGAGCAGUUCAACUCUAAGGGAGCUGUAACAGGACAUUGCGGAAAGGAUGGCAAUGGACAUUUUGUCAAGUGUGAAACUGAGAACGUGCGGUGUGGCUCGCUGCAGUGCCAGCUCGGCAACAGGUAUCCGAUAGUGACCGGCAUGGACGAGUACUACACGAGAACUGUCAUCAGCAUCAAGGGCAACGAAUAUGAGUGCAAAGCAACAACUGGCUUGCCCAAGCACUCAGAGAUAGCCCCACUCGGUCUCGUCCGGGACGGUACCCCUUGUGGCGACAACUUGGUCUGCGUCAACCAAACCUGCACAUCCAUCUUUCCCUACAUCGACCACACCAAAUGCCCCACGGACCACAACAACAACGAGUGCUCUAGCAAGGGGAUGUGUUCGAAUCUAAACAAAUGCGUAUGCAAUCGCGGCUGGACUGGGCCCGACUGCUCGCAUCACGACGCUUUGCCACCCUCACCGACUCCGUACACCCCCGAGAAUACCACAAAAGCAGCCUACAACAUGACCAAGAAGGAAACACCGUAUGGUGAGCACGAGGGGAAUAAGAUGAGCACCAUGAACAUGGUGAUAUUGUUGCUCGCGGUCGUGCUGUCCGUGUUCGUGGGGUUCGCCUGGAUGGCGUACUGCUUCAGCCGUGGAGACUCUCAACGUGUGAUCUUCCGACAUGGCAACCACAUGUCCAGCUCCAGCAGCUCGGGCAGAUAUUCAGAUCACAAACCGAAACGGAUACAUUCUGGCAGCGAAGAUGACCCAAUAGGUUCAGGUGAAGAAGAUAUAGCGUUUAUAGAUGUAGCUCCAAAUACAAUGGCAAAGCUCCCGGAGAAAGGCAUUCUGAAAAAACAUGGUUACGGCGCUGUGGAUGGCAAGGAUAAGUGGGCAGACGACUCUCAGUCUGAGCAGCUUGAGGCUGGUUCGCAGUCAGAUGGCCAGGAGCCUUCGGGAGCUGUAGCUGAUAUGGAGUAUAAGUUUAAGGAUUUAAAUGGUUACCACGAGAAUAUAAUCGUGGCUCUAAAGACUGCAGCUGCACAGCGUGCGAGCGUAGGAGGUGCCAGUGGAUCAGGUGACCUUCGCGCGCUUCAGGAGUACGAGUACAAGCGAGAGCGAGCUCCGUCCGCUGAGAAAAUCCACGAAGGCGAUCUUCGUCGACGAGCUGAUGACGAGGAAGACGAACCACCACAGUGUGGACCCAUCAGGAUCAGGAACCUCGAAGACCUAAUCAGGCAACUCGAACAUCAUUCCAGCAGACACAUGAGCCCGUCAGGUUCCGAGGAUAUCAGAAUGUCAGAAACGGAAGCCGACAGACAUUAUCGAAUUGAACCAGGAGAUAUUCCACCGAGAUGUCGCGGUCGCAGCGAGGACGCAGGCUUCAGCUACCCGCGUUUCCGCGGCAGCGGACGGCACCACGGCCGCCUGUUCGCGGAGGGGGGCGCCCCCGGCGGCGUGCCCGUGCCGCUGCCGCCGCUGGCGCCGCACGUGCCCCACGUGCCCCACGCCUCGCACUCGCCGCACGCGCGCCCGCCACCCGACGACGACGCGCUGUACGAAACUGCUGACGCGGAACGACUCCGCGACGCACCCGAUAGCGAGAGCGCUUACACAGAGAGGGUUCCGCCGGGACAGCGCCGCGCCUCGCCUCUCCGUUCCUCUUCUCUAUCAUUUUCUAGUGAUGAAUUUAUUCAAGCUCAACAACAGUUAGCCCGGUGGGCGAGUGAAGAGGCGGUGGCGGCCCCGGGCGUGGUGCGCGGCUACUUCCCGUCGCCGGCGGACAGCUCCAGCAGCGAGGCGCCGCGCGGCCCGGUAGCGGGCGCCUUCCCCGAGUACACGCACUGA